AUGGAGUCCGCCGUGGACUCAGCGUCGACCGCGAGCGAGGUUAGCGGGUCGUCCGGGGGCUCGCCGAGGGUGAAAGCCGCUUCGCCGGCUCGGGCGGUCAGCCCGCCACAGCUCUUAGCCCCUAGGCUGCCUCUGCCACCGCCAGGGCUGGGCCUGCUGGGCUCGCUGCAGAUGAUGCACCACUCACCGCUUGAGCUGAUGGCGGCGGCACAUCACCACGGUCCGCCGCGUUACGGGAGCCCGCCGCCGAUCUCGACGUCUGACCCGUCCGCCAACGAGUGUAAGCUGGUUGACUACAGGGGCCAGAAGGUCGCUGCUUUCAUCAUCCAAGGCGACACAAUGCUAUGUUUGCCGCAGGCGUUCGAACUGUUCCUGAAACACCUUGUGGGUGGGCUGCACACAGUGUACACGAAGCUAAAAAGACUGGACAUAGUGCCACUGGUGUGCAAUGUGGAACAAGUGCGCAUCUUGCGCGGGCUGGGUGCAAUCCAGCCGGGCGUCAACCGCUGCAAGCUGCUCUCCUGCAAAGACUUCGACGUGCUUUAUCGCGACUGCACUACGGCAAGCUCCAGACCGGGUCGACCACCGAAGCGCGCGUCGGGUGUUGGUCUCUCGCUCGCCGCUACGCAGUUUCCGGGGCACCCAUUCAAGAAACACCGUCUUGAAAACGGCGACUACUCGCCUUAUGAAAACGGACAUAUGAGUGAAAUGGCUCGGAUGGACAAGUCACCGCUUCUGGCUAAUGGUUACAAUGCACCGCCCACUCACCUGGGACCAAUGGGUUUCAUGCACCAACAUGCACUUAUGUCCCCUGGUAUGCCUCACCACGGUGUGCCGAGACCUGACGGCUCCAUCAUUAAGGGUCAACCGAUGCACAACAUGGAAGCAUUGGCAAGAUCUGGUAUUUGGGAGAAUUGUAGAGCGGCAUACGAGGAUAUCGUAAAACAUCUAGAAAGGUUGCGUGACGAGCGAGGAGACAUCGAACGGGUCAUAGCCAUGGAUAAAGCUCGAGAAGGUUCACAUAAUGGAUCGUCUCCGGGCCACAGUCCUGUGUUAAACCUCUCUAAGUCUGGUUCGGGCGAGCGCGAACGAUCAGAGCGCGAGCGCGAACGUGGGGAGAGAGGCGAAGGUUCGGCGAGCGGACGAAGCUCGGCCGCCUCCCGCCGCACUCCUCAGCCCCCACGUAUACCCUCGACAGCUGCUGCGGCGUCACCGCGCUCCCAUACGGACGAAAGCGACGCGAAUCUAUCCGAUCAAGAAGAUCACAAUGUUAAAGAUGAAGAUGACGGAGCAGACCUGAGUGAUGGCGAUCGUGACCUUCCUACCAAUUCGUCCCCGGCGCCAGUCAACUACCCCGCUCAAGGAACCUCGCCCAGCGUUCCUGUGGACCCCACCGCUGACACCCUGGUUUCUUCUACAGAAACGCUCCUAAGAAACAUCCAGGGACUUCUAAAGGUAGCAGCAGAUAAUGCCCGUCAACAAGAAAGACAAAUCAGCUACGAAAAAGCCGAACUGAAAAUGGACGUUCUCAGAGAACGAGAAGUAAAGGACAGUCUGGAAAGACAACUACUCGACGAACAAAAAAUGAGAGUUAUGUACCAAAAGAGAUUGAAAAAAGAAAGGAAGCAGAGACAACAAAUUCAAGAGCAAUUAGAGUUAGAGCUUAAGAGACGGCAGAAGAUAGAAGAAGCUUUAAAACAGUCUGGAGCGCCUUCAGAAAUACUCAGAAUAGUUACUGAGAAUCUUACGCCAGCUCCACCAGAGAACAGAGAACGCGAGAAUGGUACAGAGAGCAAGCCGCCGAGCACGGAACCACCCACCUCGUCGCCACCUUUCCAGCGUGACCCGUCACGCACUCCUGACAAGCCGCAGUGGAACUAUCCGCCGCCGCCCGUCGAUAUCAUGAGCGGAGGAGCUGCCUUCUGGCAGAAUUACUCUGAAUCCUUGGCGCAAGAGUUGGAGAUGGAGCGCAAGUCCCGCCAACAAGCCAUGGAACGUGACGUGAAGAGCCCGCUGUCAGACCGCGCCAGCUACUACAAGAACUCAGUACUGUUCAGCUCCGCCACUUAG